CUUGAUGAGCGUAUGAUUGCGUUGGGAAUUGACAUGGUAAGAGCUCUACACACAGAAAUAGCCUUUCAGAACUCAAGUAAAGAUUGCCAGAACGUACCACAGAUUGUUUUGAAUCUGAAAAGAGAAGUCCUUCUUUUUCGAAAGAGCUAA